AGUUACUGAAAUAAUGGUGAAGCUUCAAAUACUUUUAGCCGUUGGCAUCGCUCUUCUUAAGAGUUCCUUCACUUCUGGAGAAACUUACACUUUUCCAGAAGGAUUUAAAAUUGGAGCUGCUUCAGCUUCUUAUCAGAUUGAAGGUGGUUGGAAUGAAGAUGGAAAAUCACCAAGUAUUUGGGACACAAUAACACAAAAUCAAGUUGCACCUUGCUACAUUGAAGAUUGUUCCAGUGGCAACGUUGCUGCGGAUUCUUAUCACAUGUACGAAAAAGAUCUUCAAGCACUUGAGGAUGUUGGAUUUGAAGUGUAUCGCUUUUCGAUUUCGUGGUCUCGAAUUAUCCCCGAUGGAGCAGAAGUCAAUAUGAAAGGUAUUGAGUAUUAUCAUAAAAUUAUAGACGGAUUGAUAGAACGAGGGAUUAAACCACUUGUGACAAUAUAUCAUUGGGACUUGCCACAAUAUAUCCAAGACCUUGGUGGAUGGACUAAUCCGUUGAUUGUGGAUUAUUUUGCUGUUUAUGCUGACGUUCUUUUUGAACACUAUGGUGACAAAGUUAAAGAUUGGAUUACCUUCAACGAACCUUCCGUCUUUUGUGGUGAGGGUUAUGGAUCUGACACAAAAGCACCAGCUAUUCCGACACCAGGCAUAGGAGAUUAUUUGUGUGCACAUCAUGUUUUGCUUUCAAAUGCUGCAGCUUAUAAAUUGUACAGAAACAAAUACUACAACGAUCAACAAGGUAGAGUUGGAAUUUGUCUCAAUGCAGGCUUUUCCUAUCCAUUCGAUGAAACUGUCGAUCCAAGCAUUCCCGAGAAAGCGAUUCAAUUUGAUCUUGGAAAAUUCGCCAACCCAAUUUUCUCGAAGGAUGGCGGAUAUCCUGAUGUAAUGGUGCAACAAAUUGGAAGUAAAUCGAUGAACGAAGGACGACGAUGGUCAAGAUUGCCUGAAAUGACUCAAGAAACUAAAGAUUACAUUCGAGGAACGGCAGAUUUCUUAGCUCUUAAUUAUUAUUCGAGUGGAUUAGCAAAGCAACGGGAAGGAGAACCAGAUGGUAUCUCAUGGUGGGCUGACACAGAUCUGGAUGGUGGUCAAGAUCCUUCAUGGAAACGAGCCAAAUCUACAUGGCUUUUCAGAGUACCUCAAGGAUUACAAGAUCUUCUGGUAUGGAUUAAAGAUCGUUAUGACAACCCCGAAGUGAUGAUAACUGAGAAUGGAUGGUCAGAUGAUGGACAACUUGACGACGAUGACAGAGUUGAAUAUUUGCAGGCUCAUUUGGCAGCUGUUAUUAGAGCUGUCAGAGAUGAUCAAUGCCAUGUCACAGCCUAUACGGUAUGGAGCUUGACUGAUAACUUUGAAUGGAAAAUGGGAUACACUGAGAGAUUUGGCAUACAUUACAUUGAUUUCGACUCUGCUGAUAAGGAACGAGUUCCAAAGAAAUCCGCUCAAUUUUUCAAGGAUAUGAUUCCUACUAAAACAUUUGAAUAUGAAGUUAGCGACAGAUGGGGAUAAAUUAAACCAAAAACAGUUUCAUUUCUUGUCCAAGAUAGAUAAAAUAUAAUUCUAUUCAAUAAAGAAAAUUUUAAACAAUUAUUCGAUUUUAUGAUCA